AUGCCUCCUAAAAAGUAUGAAUCUGGAUGUGAAAAGCGUAAGAGAAAGAAAAGAAUUGAAAAGUUAAUUCAAUCUCAAAAAGGAGCUCUUAAUAAGUUUUUGAUAAAAAAUCCGCAACAAAUUCCUAUUGAAAAUGAAAAUGUUGAUAAUGUUGAUGUUGGAGUUCUUGAAAAUGUGGUUGCUGUUCAAGAUAUUGAGAAUGAAAGUGUUGAUCCGGAAAAUAGAGAUGAUGUGCCCAUUGUUGAUGAUGUUAAUUUGAAUAAUUUCCUUGAUAUAUUUGAUCCAAGAAAUUGGGAUGCUCUUGACUCUAAAAUGAUUGACUUAUUAGCUAUGAAUGGUCCUAAAAGAGAUUUGUCCGUUGUAAAGGGUCCUAGAGAUAAACUUUCUAGACGUUUUACGGCUAAUUUGUAUACUAGAGUUUUACCAAAUGGAGAGAAGUGUGAUAGAGAUUGGCUUGUUUAUUCCAAAGAGCUUGAUAGAGGUUUUAGUGAUUGGUCACAUGUUAGUGAAAGACUUAGAGAGCAUGAGACAAGCAUGGAACAUGUUAAGAACAUGACUACUUGGUAUGAGUUGCGUCAAAGGAUGCAGAAGAAUCAAACUAUUGAUAAAACAUCUCAAAGACUACUCCAGAAAGAAAAGGAUCAUUGGAUAAAUGUUUUGAAAAGAAUUAUUUCAAUAGUGAAAUUCCUUGCUAAAUAUAAUUUGGCCUUUCGUGGUUCUAAGGAGAAAUUGUACGAAAGUAGCAAUGGUAAUUUUUUGGGCUUAAUUGAAAUGUUAGCUGAAUUUGACCCAAUUGUCCAAGAACAUGUUAGACGUAUUACAGAUGAUGAUCUCCACUUUCAUUAUCUUGGGCAUAACAUCCAAAACGAGUUAAUACUCUUGCUUUCUUCUGGAAUUAAAACUGAAAUCAUUAGAAGAAUCAAACAAGCAAAGUAUUUCUCAGUGAUACUUGAUUGUACGCCUGAUGUUAGUCACCAAGAGCAAAUGUCUUUGAUAAUAAGAUAUGUGGAUGUUUCUUCAAAUUCUGUAAGCAUUGAGGAAUCUUUUUUAGGAUUUUUGAAUGUUAAUGAUACAACUGGUCAAGGGCUUUUUGAUGUUUUACAAAAUAAAUUGAAAAAUCUUAAUCUUGACAUAUUUGAUGUACGAGGACAAGGUUAUGAUAAUGGGUCAAAUAUGAAAGGAAAACAUCAAGGUGUACAAAAGAAAUUUUUAGACAUUAAUUCGAGAGCCUUUUAUACUCCUUGUGGUUGCCACAGUCUUAAUUUGGCAUUGUGUGAUAUGGCUAACUCUUGUACCAAAGCUAAAGAUUUUUUUGGAGUUGUUCAACGCAUUUAUACAAUUUUUGCCAAUUCUAUUAAGAGAUGGCAAAUUCUAAAAGAUAAUGUAAAAGGGUUGACUCCAAAAUCACUCUCAUCCACUCGGUGGGAAAGUCAUGUAGAGAGUGUCAAAGCUAUAAGGGCUCAAAUGUCAGAUUUUAGAGAAGCUUUACUUGAAGUAUCAGAAAAGGAUCCUGAUUCUAAAUUAUGUUCUGAAGCUAAGUCCUUAGCAACAAAUGAGCUUGGUGAUUUUGAGUUUUUGAUGGCUAUAAUUAUUUGGUUUGAAAUAUUAUCGGCAAUUAAUUCGGUUAGCAAGCUUUUACAAUCAAAGGAUAUGCUUAUUGAUGUUGCUCUUGAAAAAAUAAAGGGGUUGAUUUAUUUUUUUGAGGGAUAUAGAGAUAAUGGUUUUCAUAAUGCAUUGGCUAAUGCUACGGAAAUCGCUAUUGAAUUGAAUAUCGACCCAACAUUUCCUCAAAGACGUAUAAUUCGAAGAAAGAGACAUUUUGAUGAGGAUUUGAAUACCCCAUCAGUUGAGCUAUCUGGAGAGGAAGCUUUUAGGAUUAAUUAUUUUAAUUACCUUGUUGAUCAAGCUGUUGUUUCUCUUAAUAAGAGAUUUGAGCAAUACAAAGAGUAUGAAACUAUUUUUGGUUUCUUGUUUACUUCUCACAAGUUACAAUCGUUGGACAAUGCAACUUUGAAGUCUUGUUGUAGUCAUUUUGAACAGGUGUUGAAACAUAAUGAGGAAUCUGAUAUUGAUGGGAAUGCAUUAUAUGUGGAGUUGCAGUUACUAAGACAAAUGUUGCCUGGAGAAAAAAAAGGACCUGUUGAUAUAUUAAGAUUCUUGACUGACAUGGAUUGUUUUCCUAAUACAAUCAUCGCAUAUAGAAUUUUAUUGACUAUUCCUGUGACAGUUGCUUCAGCAGAAAGAAGUUUUUUAAAAUUGAAGUUGUUGAAGUCUUACUUGCGAUCUACCAUGUCACAAGAAAGACUUAAUGGAUUAGCAUUGAUAGCAAUUGAGAAUGAUAUUUUGGAGAAAAUACAAUAUGAAGACUUGGUUGAUGAAUUUGCUUCAAAAAAUGCUGCAAGAGUGGCUCGUUUUAAGUAG